UGUGUGUGCGUGCGCGCUGCAGUCCGCUCCCUGCCGUAGUUGAGUAAACUCCAUGGCCGUCAGCGGGCGCAGCCGCACCGCCACCGAGCCGGAGUGGAUUAAAACAGCGUGCGCGUGUGAGUGAGUGAGUGAGUGACUGAGUGUGUGUGUGGAGAGAGAGAGAGCCACUCAGAAAAGACAAGAAAUACGACCGUAUAACCAAGUGAGAAACCCCCGCGAGGUCCGCUGCUUCCUCCCAGCAGCUCCCGGUGGGAAGUCGGGUUUGCGCCGCGCUUUGUGUGUCCGGGCGGCGGGGCGGCCGGCGGGACUCGGCGGGAAUGGCUUCAUCUCCGUGCGGCAGCACCAACUUCGAUUCCGGGCUGGAAAUCAAAACUCGCUCGGUGGAGCAGACCCUCAUUCCCUUAGUUUCGCAGAUCACGACUCUGAUCAACCAUAAAGACAAGCCAAAGAAGUCGGAGCGCACCCUGGCAGCUAUACACAGGGUGGGACAGGCAGUGAGCGUGGCCGUGGGCCGCUUCGUCUCCGUCGGCGAGGCCAUCGCUGCCGAGAACCAUGAGCUGAAGGACGAGAUGGGGCAAGCCUGCUUCGAGGCGCGCCGGGCAGGUGAUGCCAUUGCCCAGCUGACAGACGUUGGAUCAGCCACGCCGCCUCAGUCGGACGCUCGCCUCACCGUUUUCAGCGACCGGACGGGCAUGGUGAAAGCCGCGCGCCUGCUGCUCUCUUCGGUCACUAAAGUCCUGGUCCUGGCGGACCGCAUCGUCAUCAAACAGAUCAUCACAUCGCGCAACAAGGUUCUGGUGACACUUGACCAUCUGGAGAGAGUCAGCACCUUCCAGGAGUUUGUGCAGAUUUUCAGCCAGUUCGGCAACGAGAUGGUGGAGUUCGCUCACCUCACAGGAGACAGACAGAACGACCUGAAGGAUGAGAAGAAGAAAGCCCGGAUGGCAGCAGCCAGAGCAGUGCUGGAGAAAUGCACCAUGAUGCUCCUCACAGCCUCCAAGACGUGCCUGAGGCAUCCCGACUGCGAGUCGGCGCGGAUCAACAAAGACGCCGUGUUCCACCGGAUGCGCUGCGCCCUGGAGCAGGUCAUUGAGAUAGUCACCGAGGCCCGGAGCUGCGGGGAGAGCAAGAUGCUUCCUGCCAGCAUCUACAACGGCAUCAAGGACUUCAAGUCCGGCGUGGAGUACCUGCGGGAAAACCUGUACUCGAUGUCGCCGCAGAGCCUGACCGGCCAGCUGGAGGCCCUUGUGGAGCGGACAGAAGACUUCACCGACUCGGCCUACACCAGCCACGAGCAGCGCCAGGCCAUCCUCGGCCUGUGCCAGCUGGCGCGCCAGGACGCCCAGCAGCUGGUGCACGCCUGGGUGGAAGCGCAGUCCGUCCACGCCAAAGAGGCCCCGGAGGCCAUGGAGGUGGUCAUCCUGAAGACGUGCCAGAGCAUCACCGACCUCAGACGCGAGCUGCACAAGGUGGCGGUGGGCCGCGCCUCGGACCUGCUGAGGGUUCAGGGGGAGCAGUUGCCUCUGCGCACUCUCAAGGCGGCGGGUGCCGAGGGGAACCUGGAGGCGGUGUCGGAGUAUUCGCGCAAACUGACCGAGCAAAAGGAGCAGCUUGUGGAGACGUGUCGGCUGCUGUGCCACGUGUCGGGAACAGAGCCGCUGGAGAUCACCUGCAUUCACGCUGAGGAGACCUUCCACGUCAUCGGUCCACAGAUCAUCUCGGCGGCCCAGACGCUGGCCCUCCACCCGUCCAGCAAGAUCGCAAAGGAGAACCUGGAAGUGUUCUGCGAGGCCUGGGAGUCGCAGCUCUGCGACAUGGCUCUGCUGCUCAGAGAGAUCAACGACGUGUUCGAAGGCAGACGAGGAGACAAAAGACCUUACCUGUCACUUCCUCGACCCGGGAAACACUCGGCCAACCUGAAGACUGCGAAGGCUGUCAAGUUGGAUGCAGAGGAGCAAACCAGCAUGGCCAAGCUGGGCCUGGAGCUGCGUCUGCUGUCGUCGGACGUGGACGCGGAGGUGGAGAAGUGGGGGGAGGAGCAGGAGCACGACAUCGCGCGGCAGAGCCAGAGCCUGGCCAGCAUGGCCUACAACAUGUACCUGUUCACCCGAGGGGAGGGGCUGCUGAAAACAACUCUAGAUCUCUUCCAUCAAGCCGAGGUUCUUUCCGAGGAGGGACUCCAGCUGUGCUCGUCUCUCCGCACUUUUUCUACUCAGCUAGUUGAUGAGGAAAAGUCUGUGGUGCUGACAGAAAUGGAGAAGCUGGUGGCGUUGUGCCAACAGCUGCAGAUGGGGGCCAAGACUCCCGUGCAGGGCAAGACUGCCACCUUCCAGAAGGUGGACUCGUCAAUUCAAACAACCAGAAGCGUCCUGGCCGUGGUCCUCUCCCUCCUCCCGUUCUGUAACAAGCUCAACAGAAAGUACAAGUCAGACCGGAACAGCCUCAGCUCUCCUCAGGAUUGGAGAGAAAGGCAAGAAGCGUCGACGCCUGUCAAAGAGGAGGCGGCUCUCAACAGUAACGGCUUUGGCGUCAAGUCCUUGGAGCAGCACAUGGCCGGUCUCAACCUCCUGGAGAGCAAAUAGCCCAUCAGACACUGUCCUCUCGCUCUCUCUCUCUGUCUCUCUGUAUUUCCUCCGCUAUUCUUUCUGGAUCAGCACAUAGCCAGCCUCACCUCCAGGGAUUACUGCCUUCAUCCUCAUUGUUAUGUAUCCACCAUCAUGUGGUGUUGAGCUGCGGGGUGAAGUUGGUUGCCUUAGGUCAGCUAGAGUUUGUAUUAUGCUGUCCCGGUGAUUAAUUAUAGAAGGCUCAUAGAAAAGAAGGAAAAAAAAGCACAUCGAAGCUCUCGGUGCCCAGUGGUGCAGUUUUACUCCAGCCGAGCUGGUUAGCAGACACAGCAGUUCCACCUCUGUCCACACGGUGGAGACAAUCAGCCAUUAUGACAACAGUGAGUCUCCAAAGAAAGUGAGGCCUGGCACAAACCCGAUUUUUAAAAUCACUCUCAUCGCAUCUCAACCCGCUGAACUGAUGAAGUGACAAGAGAGCGGAGGAGAAAUCCACUCGAUGCUCGGGCUCAGCCACACAUCUGUCUUCACCACGUGCCUCCGUGUGACAAGCCUAUUUGUUCCGUGACGUACUGUAAACGUGUUGCACAAGUUACAUGAAAGAAACUGAAAUUCCACCAUGCAUGAGCGCCCAGCCCUUUGUGUUUCAGUGUACAAAGAUCACCGACUUGUUGAACACUUUCCAUCUAAUACUGUAUUAACCACAGUGGUACCACACAGCACCGAUCAUCACGAGCACUGCAAUGUCGACCACGCCAUAUGAUUAAAUGCCAUAAAGUUCACUAGACAUUCCCCAUGUGCCAUGCUAGCUA